UGUCCCCAGAGUCACAGCAGCAAUUGAACUAAAGGAUGAAGAAGAACAGGGUCAGGGGGCUGCUCUGGGUCUUCUUCCUCCUCAUAUCAGGACUCCGAGUUGCAGCCGAAUCAGAAGCUGUAUUUACCCUAGCAGAGGGGGAGACCUUCAGUGUGAAAUGCCCCACCUCCACCUGGAAGUACUCCAAUAGCAGGAAGGCUUGGCAGAGGCUGGACGGAGCGGAGCCCGUGAAUCUGGUGAUCACAGAGAGGCCUGCAGGGAAGUUCACGCAAGCCCGGGUGGGAAAGUACUUCCUAGAGGACAAGCCCACCGAGGGCUUACUGGAAGUCCAAGUGACCAACCUUCAAGAGGAGGACUCAGGACUAUAUCGGUGUGUGAUCUACCACCCUCCCAAGGACCCUGAAGUGCUGUUCCAACCCAUCCGCCUAGUGGUGACCAAGAGAUUUCUCAACUGCAAAGUAACAACCAGUCCCAGUUGUUCGUGUGAGACCACAUCCUUGCCCUCCAGGAAGAGUUCCGGGGCAGCCAGCCACAGCCCAUCCAGGAUGCAGGAUAGAAUGGAGGGAACAAGGCUCGGGGGGUGGACAUGGCUACUGCUGCUGCUGCUGGUCUGGUUCUCAGGAUUCCAAGCUGAAGGCCAAGAGGUACAGCAAGAGUGCCUGCAAGAAGGAAAGAACCUAACUGUCACCUGUACUUACAACCGCCAGACGUAUGCCACCAGCCUAAAGGCCUGGCAGCGGUUGGGGAUGCAGGGCCCCCCAGAUACACUGGUGCGCACCACCACGCGAGACCCGAGGCAUAAUCUGGCCCAGGCUGGGAGAUACGUGCUGGAUGAUUACCCCACUGAAGCUGUGUUCAAGGUGACAGUGAUAGAGCUGCAGAGGCAGGAUGUGGGGCUGUACCAGUGUGUGAUUGACCUCUCACCUAGGAACCUCAUUAUCCUGCCCCCUCGGAUACGUCUGGUACAGUGCAAAGGUGAUCAGCAGCCAGACCCAGCAGAUUCAGAAGGGCACGGAUCUCCACUUGCCCUUGACCUCACAGGUCUGCCACAGCUGAUUACCACUCUGACUCUCGGACUCAUCCUGAGCAAGGGCCUGGUGUUCUCGGUCCUAUUUGUCUUUCUCUGGAAAGCCUAGGUCUCAGGCAAGGCGGUCUCCUGAGGGGGCCACAGUGCAAGGCGAACCCUGAGAAGCAGCAGGCGCACCCUUCCAGAAGCCAACAGUCACUCUGUCCUACCUAACAAACAUUACAUUCAGUGAUAAAUAAAAAUCCUUUCCAUCAAAUUCAAAGAACGUUCCGAGGAAUUGUCACCAUACCAUAAGAUCUGUACUUUAAGAUCAAGAUGUCGCAUAUAUAAAAAAUGGAAUACUGUUUAGCCAUAAAAAGAUAAAACCUUGCCAUUGGCAGCAUGGAUGGACCUUGAGAGGAUUGUGCUAAGUGAAAUAAGUCAAAAGGGGAAAGACAAAUAAUGUAUCAUGUUCUUCACUCAUGGAAUAAAAGAAAAGCAAAAACAAUCAAUAAAUACAACACAAAUGAACACAAACCUUUAGACUCUGACAACAAAAUGGUAGUUAUUAGAGGGAAAGGGGUGGAGGAACCAGGUUGGUGGUGGGUAUGGUAUGACAUAGUUGCUGGGGUAAGAAACUGUACACCGAAAUCUUUACUGUGUUGUAGAAGACUGUUACCUCAAUAAAAAGUUAAA